GAUAUUCAUUCAUUCUCUGUCGGUUUUAUAUUGAUUUUCGCUGUGUUCGCUGUGUUUUAUUGAUUGAUAGCAAUUAGCAGUCACCUAGUCAUUACAAAAGGUGACCGAAUAUAAUAAUGGCGACCGAAACUCUUGUUCCUUUGGAGUCCAAUCCCGAUGUAAUGAACAAAUUUCUCCAGAAGCUGGGUGUGCCAGGUAAUUGGGCAAUAGUAGAUGUCAUGGGACUGGAUCCAGAAAUGUUGUCUUGGGUACCUCGACCAGUGAUUUCUGUCAUGCUCUUGUUCCCUAUUUCGGAUAAUUAUGAGAAUCACAAGAAGAAAGAGGAGAAUGAUAUUUUAUCGACUGGGCAGGAAGUAACCAGUAACAUUUUUUACAUGAAACAAAAUCUUAGCAAUGCUUGUGGCACUAUUGCUCUUGUACACAGUGUAGCAAAUAACUGUGAUAAAAUCCAGCUCACUGAUGGAGCUAUGAAAAAGUUUCUGGAAGAAGCCAAAGGAUUAGAUGCUGUUGCUCGUGGAGCAUUAUUGGAAAAGACUGAAGCAAUUAUCAAUGCCCACAAAGAAUUAGCUCAGGAAGGACAAACUAAUACCCCAAGUGCAGAAGAUCCCGUUAAUCAUCAUUUUAUUACUUUUGUUCAUAAAGAUGGGGCUUUGUAUGAAUUGGAUGGUCGAAAGGCCUUUCCUAUAAACCAUGGACCAACCACUCCAGACAGCUUGUUGGAAGAUGCUGCUAAAGUUUGUAAGGAGUUUAUGGCUCGGGAUCCUAAUGAAGUUCGUUUCACUGUGGUAGCUUUGGCAGCAUCCGAUUAACUACCCCCAAUCAAAUUAGAAUAUUGGGAUUUACAUCUAGAAUUCUCAGUAUCAAAAUUGUAACCUUUGAAGUAUUUCAGCCUUAUGCUUUUACUGUAAAAGCUUAAUUUGUAUUUAAUACAAAGAAGUGCAAUUCAGGGCAAGCUUUUGUGAUAAACUUAAUAUUUAUUUAAAA